GCGAGAGACAAUUUCCUGCACUCAGGCCGCGCUCGCCUUUCUGUAGGCCAUGCGCGUGCUGCGGGUCGGCCUGACCCUGGCUCUGGGCGCGGGGCUGGGUGCGGCGGCAGAGCACUGGAGGCGACGGGCGGGAACAGCAACAGGGCUGCUUGCCCGGGUGCCAAUGUUGCCUGUGGUGGCGGCCGAGCUGCCCGCGCUGCCAGGCGGGCCGGCGGGCGGCACCGGGGAGCUGGCCAAGUACGGGCUGCCCGGCGUGGCGCAGCUUCGGAGCCGCGAGUCCUACGUGCUGAGCUACGACCCGCGCACGCGCGGUGCGCUCUGGGUGUUGGAACAGCUGCGACCCGAGCGGCUCCGUGGCGACGGCGACCGCAGCGCCUGCGACUUCCGAGAGGACGACUCUGUGCAUGCGUACCAUCGUGCCACUAACGCGGACUAUCGCGGCAGCGGCUUUGACCGUGGCCACUUGGCCGCUGCCGCCAACCAUCGCUGGAGCCAGCGGGCUAUGAAUGACACCUUCUACCUGAGCAACGUGGCCCCGCAGGUGCCACACCUCAACCAGAAUGCCUGGAACAACCUUGAGAAGUACAGCCGCAGCUUGACUCGCACUUACCAAAAUGUCUAUGUCUGCACAGGGCCUCUUUUCCUGCCCAGGACAGAGGCUGAUGGGAAAUCCUAUGUGAAGUACCAAGUUAUUGGAAAGAACCAUGUGGCAGUGCCCACACACUUCUUCAAGGUGCUCAUCUUGGAGGCCACCAGUGGGCAAAUCGAGCUGCGUUCCUAUGUGAUGCCCAAUGCCCCCGUGGAUGAGACUAUCCCUUUGGAGCGCUUCCUGGUGCCCAUCGAGAGCAUUGAGCGGGCCUCCGGGUUGCUCUUCGUGCCCAAUAUCCUGGCUCGAGCUGGAAACCUCAAGGCCAUCACUGCUGGCAGUAAGUGA